AUGCGCCAGGAUUACUGCGGUGACUCUGCUGCUGCUGCUGAUGCUGCUGCUGCUGAUGCUGCUGCUGCUGAUGCUGCUGCUGCUGCUGCUGAUGCUGCUGCUGCUGAUGCUGCUGCAGCACCAAGAGCAGAUGAGCAACAGAGACAAAACGGAGAAGCCCAGCAGCAGCAACAGCAGCAGCAGCAGCAGGAUCAGAACCAAGAAGCAAAUUCUGAUGCUGCUGCUGCUGCUGCUGCUGCUGCUGCUGCUGGUAAUUCCAACAACCAAAACCAACGGCCAUCAGGGGAUGCAGGCGGAGACGGCAGCGCAGCAAACAGCUGA